AUGAGCUCCUACUACGAUGUUGAUGCCAUCCUCACCGAUGCUCAGAAAGUACCAUGCACCUUCGAGCUCACCGUCCCCGGUUUGGGCUACCUCGAGGGCAAUAUGAGCGGCGACAUCAAGGAGGGCUCCAAAGUUGAGCUGCCUCUCUGGUUGGGCGAGAUGCUCGCACUAAGUCAGAGUCUAAAUACGUCCUCCCUCGUGACCCUUGACCCACCUUCAGCACUGUCUCCACGCGUCUUGAACGCACUGAAAGCUGACCCACGAACCGUCGAUCUCCGCGCACUGGCACCGCACUUUUACAAUCUUGGUGCCAGGAUCCUUGAGCUAUUCGAGGAGGAGGAGAUGAUUGAGGUUUUAAGUGAUACUUUCAAAACCAGAGCGGCCGUCAUAGCUGAUCAAGCGCACAACCCGCGAGGCGCCCUGGGCGAGGGCGCCGACUUCAUGAGAGGCCUGGACGAAAACGAACGGCAGCUAUUCCGUGCCGCACACGAUAGUGCUAAAGGCGUGCGGACAUGGAUGGCAGACCUCAAGCAGAAGUGA